AUGGCGUCAGAAAAGGUGGAAGAGCCCCCAGUCUCUUGGAGCUCAACGGCGAGCAAGAUACCCCCUUACGAUGGUCCGCCAAGGAAUAUUGCUAGUAUCGAUGCCCUGGAUUUCGGGGCCCAUUUAACCCCCCGAAAGUAUGCGAUGGAAGGAACCCAUCCAGACUCCAAGGUCAUGUUCCUGGAUGUUGAAAUCUUGGACUCUACGGGGAAGCUGCCCUACCGUGGUGAUGUCCUCAUUGAAGUGGCACGGCUGCUGUAUGAUAAGUAUAGGCAUGGGCGGCGAUUGACAGUUGGUAUAGGAGAGAGGAUAACCGCUGUCGGAAACAUUCCUGGGAAAGAAGAACUCAAGAAAAACCCCCGGGUACGGAAGAUCUUCGGUCGUGGCCGUACCUUAAUGUCUGGCCUAGGGGAUGCCCAUACUCAUCUCUCCUGGAAUGGAGGCAAUCUUGAGCGGCUUGGUGAACUUGCCAUUGAAGAACAUACUUUGCUCACUGCCAGGAGUGCCCAGUGCUACGCUGACUCUGGUUACACAAUGUGUUUUGGAGCGGCGGCAGCUAAAGAUCGAUUGGAUGUGGUGAUUCGUGAUUCCAUCAAUGACGGCGAUAUACCCGGCCCAAGAUGCCUGGCCAAUGGGAUGGAAAUUGCCCGGCGCGAUGGAGAGCUAGUGGCUGGAAUCACUGCAUUUGCCGAUGGCCCAGAAGAAAUGAGGGAAAAGAUAAAACAUCAUGCUGAGCUCGGAGUUGAUCAGAUAAAACUUAGUAUGUCUGGCGAGGAAAUAACAGAGACGAGAAGUGCACAGGAUUGUUACUUCACAGACGAAGAGACUGCUGCUUGCGUUGACGAGGCUCAUAGACGUGGUCUACGCCUUUGUGCACAUGCACGAGCUCGGGACUCGGUAAAGAUGUGCGUGAAACAUGGAGUUGACGUGAUAUAUCACGCCUCGUAUAUUGACGACGAAGGAAUGGACAUGCUUGAAAAAAAUAAGACAAAACACAUUGUUGCACCAGCUAUAAAUUGGUUGGUUAAUAUAUUUACCGAGGCUGCGAAAUUCGGAUAUACACCUGAAAAGGCAGAAGAAGUUGGAUAUAAGAAAGAAAAAGACACUGCAGUCUUAGCUCUGCGGGAGAUGCACAGGCGUGGUAUCGUCAUAUUGCCAGGAGGUGAUUAUGGCUUUGCCUGGACUCCUCAUGGUACCUACGCUAGAGACCUUAUGCACUUUCAGGAACUUAUAGGUUUCACGGCCCAUGAAAGCGUCAUCGCUGCCACCGCUGGUGUAGCAAAACUAUUCAUGCGCGAACAUGAACUAGGUAAGAUCCUCCCAGGUUAUUACGCAGAUUGCAUCCUAGUCGACGGAAACCCUCUUGAGGAUAUCACUAUACUCCAGGAUCAUGCAAAGCUAGAUGUCAUUAUCAUCAACGGGCGAGUGCAUAAGAUUGGAAGAAAGGAUGGCGGUGGUAGGGUAAUCAUCAGUACCGAUUCUGAGAGUAACAGCAAUACAAAUGACCCUCGGAACGAUGUAGCGGAUGGAGGGAAUGGCCACCAUGAGGAAUUCCCGGAGGUCAAGAAGAGUAUGCAGAAGCAAUAUUGA